CCCAAGUGCACCAAACUGUGGAGUUCGCAUGUUACCCGCAGGUAAAUGUAUCGGUUCCGACUGUCUGGUGUUCUCGUAACGAGGGCUUCCCAUGAUGCCAUUCGUAUCCACCAUCACGCGUUGUGUCUACUCACACCACAACGGAGAUAUGCUCAACGCUGACAAACUAUGUAACGAGGAUUCGCACGAAGAAUGCUGACAUGUAGAUGCCUUUCGAUGUCGGUUUCGACAAGGUGUGUCGAAGUGACCGUCGGUUAAUGAUUCCGGAUCGAUACAACACCCAGACCGCGAAGAUUUUCCUGCUGUUGUCUCCGCAAUAUCCAGAGCAUGUCUUUCCCGAGUAACCGUGUUGCUGUAAUCGGCGCAGGCAUUAGUGGUGUCGUUGCUGCAGCGCAUCUCAAGAAGGAGGGCAUUGAGGUCGUAGUCUUUGAGCGAUCUAGUGCUGCAGGAGGCAUAUGUCCGUGUUACGUGGGCCUCAAGAACAACGUGAGUACACGUUUGUUAGAAACCACCUUGAACCAGUUUCCACCCGGGACCGAGGAUUAUGUAACGCACGAUGUCUUGUGCGACUACAUACAGGCUACUACUUUCUCAACGGGGGUGCAUGAGUUGACACAGUACGACACCGAUGUGAGAAGCGUCAUCAAGAACGGUAGAUUAUGGACUGUCGAGACUGCGACUUUGCAGACCGAUGCGCAAGGUGUGUUAAGGCGACACGAAUCUUCUCAGAACUUUGAUGCUGUAGUAGUUGCAUCUGGUCAUUACCACGCGCCGAGGAUUCCUGAUACGCCUGGACUCGCAGACUGGAAGCGACAAUUUCCCGACAGAGUACAGCACUCCAAACUUUAUCGAAAGCCCGAGAAUGCUCAUAACAAGAACUAUCUACUUGUCGGUGGGAGUGUGUCAGCAACGGAUAUCGCGCGCGAGCUCAGCCCGUAUGCAAACAAGAUUAUACAAAGCCAAAGGAACGGAAAAUUCGACCUGCCUCCAAGCAUGCUCCCAGAUAACGCGUACCGCGUCGAUGAGAUAGUAUCGUACGACGAACCACGAGUGAACACAUUAGCCUCAUUGAAGGACACUCAGCCGAUUCCAGCUACCGUCACGCUGAAGUCAGGUGCAAAGAUCUGUGACAUUCAUCAUGUCAUACUUUGCACAGGCUACCACCUAACACUGCCUUUCCUAUCUCAGCUCACCUCGGACGAGACACCAGUCGAUCAGGCCGACGAAACGCUACUAGUGACAGACGGUACACAGUUUCACAAUCUGCACAAAGACAUCUUCUUCAUCAAUGAUCCAACGCUCGCCUUUGUCGGUGUGCCGUUCUUCACAGCGACGUUCACGUUGUUCGAGUUCCAAGCCAUGGUUGUUGCAAAGGUACUCUCGGGACAGGCAAAGCUUCCAAGCAAAGAUGCGAUGAGAUUAGAAUAUAAUGUCCGAGUUGAGACGAAGGGUUAUGGCAAGGCAUUUCACAGUUUGAGAGACCAGGAAGCGAGCUAUGUUAAAGAACUCAUAGCUUGGGUAAACUCUGAUUUGGAAAAAGCAGGCAAAGAGCGACUGCGUGGGCAUUCUGAUAAAUGGCAUUCUGCGAAAGCAGAGCAGAUGGAGAGGAUGAAAGCUUUCUUUGCCAAUCCAGGCAUCGAGCGACGACUUGAAGCGACAUGUUUAUAG